UUGUUGAAUAAGUCUGAUGAAAUUGAUUGGGGAUGUUGUUAAUAGGUGCCACGGUUAGAGUGGAGUGCAAAGACAAGUCAGGUGUGUCACUCAGGUACAGCAAAGAAGGAACUACCGACUCAACUGGAACCUACAGGAUUGUAGUUGAUGAGGACCAUGAGGACCAGAUCUGUGAUGCUAUCCUUGUGAGCAGCCCUCAGAAGAGCUGUUCUGAAGCUACCCCAGGGCGUGACCGUGCCCGUGUCAUCCUCACUGGCUACAAUGGCAUUGCAUCAAACAACCGUUUUGCCAAUGCUAUGGGGUUCAUGAGGACUGAGGCCCUGUCUGGUUGUGCCCAGGUUUUCAAGCAGAUGCAGGAGUUGGAUGCUUAGAUGUGGUUUGAGUUCCUAGAGUAUGUGACUAGUUUUAAACCUUUGUCGCCUAUAUCCUUGUAAUGUUUGGUAUUAUUUGUUCGUUUGUUAUCUCAACACCUAAAUAUUCUUGAUUUAAUUGCUAAUGUACUCUUCGGGAUAUAUAUAUAUAUAUUGUAUGAUCUUGUUUGAUGACUUUGAUCCGGAAAUAAUAGGUCCUGUUAAUUUAUAACGAUU